AUGGAUCAUAGAAAAGGGCAAGAAUUUUUGCAGAAAAAAGAUCAAUCAGCAACAUUGAUAAUAAUGAUAAUAACAGGACCAAAUAAUACUCGACAAAGAAACACUAUAAGGGAAACUUGGCUAAGUGGUGCUAGAAAUGAUUGUCUAAUAAAAUUUGUUAUUGGUGUAUCUUAUUUGCCUAAAGCAAUAAAAGAUUCUCUGGAAAGAGAAGAUUUUAUCCACAAAGAUCUUCUAUUAUUAUCAGAUUACAAAGAAUCAUACCAUUCUUUGACAGACAAAAUAUUAAAAAGUUUUAUCUGGUUUGAUCAAAAUGUAGAAUUUAAAUAUUUACUGAAAGUAGAUGAUGAUUCUUUUGUUAGACUGGAUAUUUUGCUCAAUGAACUCAAAUCAAAACCUACCAAACGAUUAUACUGGGGAUUUUUUGAUGGCCGUGCUCAUGUGAAAAAGACAGGAAAAUGGUCUGAACCAGACUGGGUUUUAUGUGAUCGUUAUUUACCCUAUGCACUUGGUGGUGGUUACGUGAUAUCGUAUGAUUUGGUACAUUUUAUUGUGAGUAAUAAAGAAUUUUUAAAGAAAUAUAUUAGUGAAGAUGUAUCUGUUGGUACUUGGUUGGCAUCACUAGAUGUACAGCGCAUUCAUGAUCCAAGAUUCGAUACAGAGUAUAUGUCUCGUGGU